AUGACCGAAAUAUAUGCUCACUUGAUUGUCGAUAAAGCUAUAGAUUCUUCGAAAGUAGAUCAACAAUCUAUCGAUCAAACCAACGAAUAUGUUCCUUUAUCUGAGGCAUUAGCUUCAUCGGUUAAGCGUCAACGUAAACCUAAAUAUACCACAUUGGAUGAUAUUAAGAAACAAAAUAGAUCUAAGUGUGAUGAGGAAUCGAGUGGAUUAGACUUAAAAUCUUCUCGAAAGGAAAAAUCAAAGAAACGGAAUCAUAAAGUUACUACUUCUGAACACGAUUCGACUUCACUUCUUAUCACUCAUGUUCCAGUUGAUAAAACCCAAACUUCUAGAGAAACGAACGAUCAUAUCAACCCUUCGAACUCGAUUCUUCCUUCUUGUAGUCUAGUAACUGACACAAAUGAAGAUCCCAACUUCGACCUUGGUGCGAAAUGGGCUGAUGAUCAAGCUCAGAUGACAAAACGUAGAAAGAAGAAUACGAAAACAUACUCCUUAGAGACGAAGAAAGUCGAAGAAAUCAAUUUGUUAAAAGAUUCUAUGGACAUAGCGGAUGACAAGAUCAGAGGUAUGAAUAUUGAUUCAUCUCGAUGGGUCAAUAUUUCUACAACGGCUCGAACGAUUGAACAACAAAGAACCAAACGAAAGAGAGAAGUCUCUGGAUCUCGAAAGACUGGAGAGGAUGAAAACGCUGCUUUGGAAGUCGUAAGGAAUGUUGAUCAAGAGGAUUCACAUGAGGUUGAGAAAAGGGUCAAGAAAAGCAAACGUGAUAGAAAAAAAUCAACGGUGUUAGGAGUUGAUAGUCAACAUCCAUCUAUGCAAAAGGGUAUUGAAGUUGAACCCAAGAGUUCAUUACCGCUCGCGGCAAUCGAUGGAUCUGAACUCCAACAAAAUGAGAUGUCCUCCAAACGUCCUGAAACAAGUGAAGAAUUGAUGACUGCGCGACCUCAGAAGAAGCGUGACAAGAAACUUCAAAAGAAUCUAGCUCAUGAAGAAACACAGACUCCUUCUCGUCAGCAAGCUAUUGGUCAACCUAUAGCUUUACCAUCUAACAACGACACCAUCGACACCAUUGCUAUCUCACCUUCGAUUCCUGGAGGCAAUGUAGGUCAAUCCGAAGAUUUGACUGUCAUCACUGACCGAAGGAAACGUAAAAAGAAGCGAGCUGGCGAACCGGUGGAACGAUCUAUUGGUACUGCGGCUGGUGGUGAUCCCAAAAAUCGGUCAACUGAUUCAGACGAACAUAUAAUGAUUGAUCAACAAGCUGGUGCAACGGAAGACUCCAAUGAAUCGAGCAGUCGCAAGAAAUCUAAAAAGAAACGGCGUGUUGAAACCGAUCUAUCUUCUCAAACGACAACCACCCAAGAUAAUCCUGCUGGUCAAGUUGAGUCACACAAGCUCAAGCGAAAAUCAUCAACUUUAGAAGGAUCUGAUGGGGUUAAAAAACGUAAGAAGAGACGAGGCCCUGAGAAGUCUGCCGGCGCUCUUUCCAAUGAUGGUAAUGAAGUGGUAUCUGAACCGACUCUCAAAGAUCAACCUGUCUCUCCUGUGAGCGAUAAAUGGGCACGCGAUAACCCAGUGCUUGUUGAUGCAACCAACAAACAUCUGAUAAGUCGACUCACAAAAUUCUCUGAGAACUGGAAGGAAAUGUUAGUUGGAUUAAAAAGGGACGAGAUCUUGACGAUGGCUUGGCUGACUCCACAACAGCUUCAGGAACUAGUCGACGUAUUUGGCUUCAAGUACAGACAAGGCCAAUAUAGCGCUAAAGAGAAGGCUGUGAUUUCUUCAACAAUAGCACUUUAUCAAAAGCAAAACAAUCUCACAGAUGAAGCGAUGAGAGAAUUGAUUAUACCAAGUCGUGUGGGUGUCAAGAUUGACAAAACAUCUGAGAAUUCGAUUUUCCGACAACUUGCAAGUCAAUUACCUGGUCGUUCAUUAACUUCGAUUUGGAAAACUGUGACUCGAGCUUGGGAAGUACAUAGUAAACAAGGAAGAUGGAAAAAAGAAGAAGAUCAACGAUUGAUUGAAGCUGUCACUCAACAUGGUAGGGCUUGGGUCAAAAUCUCACCUUAUGUAGGUAGAGCACCUAGUGAUUGUUUAGAUCGAUGGAGAGACAGCCUUUGUUUGAGAGAAACAAAGAGAGGUGGAAGUUGGACACAAGAAGAAGAAGAUCAAUUAGUGAUGAUUAUGAAGAGAUAUAUUAAGAAGAUGAAAGAUGAUGGUGGACUUAAAUAUGAAGGACUUUGGACACAAGUUAGUAUUGAGAUGGGUCAGAAACGAUCGCCUAAUCAGUGUGCGGUCAAAUGGCGAAUGGAAACAUCGAGAUGUACUGAUAAUGGUACAACAGUUGAGUUUGAAUUUGCUUACUACUGCUUUUUCUCACAAACUGAUGAAGCAGAAAAAAACUCUCGUAGAAUGGAUAAACAGGAGAUGGAAGAAGAUACGGGUUUUGAUUGGAAACUUUUGAUUCAUGAAGGAUGGGAUCGAUGGCCUGCUGAUAAGUUACGUCGUCGAUGGAGACAAAUCAAAAGAUAUUAUUUACGUAAAUAUCAUGAUUAUGAUGAAAAUCCAUCACCUUCAGCACAAGAGAUUAUGAAAGGGAUUUUAAAGAUUUGGAGUGAAAAGACUGAUGAAGAAUUAGAUAGAUCAGUACUUAGAAAAAGUGAAAUCAAAAUGAUCACAAAAAAAUCUACAGAAAACUUGAGGAAAAGAAAACCAAGAAGGAAAAAAGAAAAAGAAGUGAAUGAAGUUGAAGAAUUACAAGAAGAUGAAAUUAAAGAAUUGGAGGAUCAAGAAUGA